UAGUAGUUGUCGUCGUUGUCCCAUCUCUGAAUAUACUCAAAGAUCCUUUAUACUUUGUUAUACUGUCGAGGACGACAGAAAUAGAAGAGUUCUGGGAGAAAGGCGAAAACGCAUGUGGACAAACACUGAGUAAUCAUUUUAAAUCGAGGAAACAGAGGGACUGUCUCCACAGUGAGGGGCAUUGAGACAGCAAAGACGGGAUCAGGAUGAGUGAAGCCACUGUGGACUCGGGCACGCUCUGCCUUUUUGAUGUAGACGGCACGCUCACGGCCGCGAGACAGCGCGUAACUCCAUCCAUGGCAGAGUUCCUUCAGAAGCUCAGGGCUAAGGUUCGAGUUGGAGUGGUAGGAGGGUCGGACCUUAAUAAGAUCAAAGAGCAGCUGGGAGAUGAUGUGAUCCAGAAAAUGGACUACGUUUUUGCUGAGAAUGGUCUUGUGGCCUAUAAAAAUGGACAGUUACUCUCCGUCCAGUCCAUCCAGGCCCAGAUGGGUGAAGAGCUACUCCAAGAUUUCAUUAACUUCUGUCUCAACUACAUGGCCAAGAUCAAACUGCCUAAGAAAAGGGGGACAUUCAUUGAAUUCCGCAACGGCAUGUUGAACAUCUCCCCUAUUGGACGCAGCUGUACACAGGAAGAAAGGACAGAGUUCUUUGAGCUAGAUCAGAAAGAGAAAAUCAGAGAGAAGUUUGUGUCCAUAUUAAAGGAAGAGUUCAAAGGAAAGGGAUUGUCAUUUUCAAUCGGAGGGCAAAUCAGCAUUGAUGUGUUUCCUGAUGGUUGGGAUAAGCGAUUCUGUCUGGGAUUUGCUGAGAAGGACAACUACUCAACCAUUCACUUCUUUGGAGACAAGACCAAACCUGGAGGAAACGACUAUGAGAUCUACUGUGACCCACGGACCACGGGCCAUGAAGUCUCCUGUCCAGAGGAAACACAACAACUUUGUCAGCAGCUUUUCUUCUCAUGAGAGAGAAACUGUUCCUGGAUGCUGACAUUGUUUUUACAGAACGGACAAGAGGGACUUAUGUUAGGGGUCUUAUUUAUCGGUUUAAAACAUAUCUAGAGAUUUAACUUAAAAAAAAAUUCAUUAAUGCGGAAAGAGCCAGCAUUAUAGUUGUCAUUGUUAACAUUACCAAAGGGUUAUGUCAACAACACAAGGGUGGAGAGGGAACACUUACUGACUAAUGAGAAGAGGGAUUUCUGGAUAUCUUGGUUGCGUUUUGAAUGAGAGAUGUAAUGGCUUUGAACGUGAUUUAAUGGUUUUAAAUUUGUUGAUUACAUUUUCUUAAUGAGAUUCUGGCUAUGUUAUCAACAUUACGUCAUGGUAAACCUUAAACUAAAACAAUUAAAUGUGUCCAUUUGUUGGAAAUAAUGCAGUUUGUCCGUCAAAUCUUGUGGCUGUAGCAAAAACGUCUUCCUUAUUCCAUUUUAUGUUGAAGUCUUUUAUUGGGUUCUUUGCUUAGCCAUGUUUAAAAUCAUCCAAAUAUAAAACUGUAACCAUAACCACAUUCCUUGCUGUGUGCUAUAAGAUUUUUCUCCUAGAUGUUAUAAAACAAGAAGUCAUGGUCACCAGUAGACAUUAGCAAACUGUACAUUCAUGUGGAAAUAUCACCAGUGAGUGUAGCAAUAUUUUUUUUGGCCCCUAUGGUACCUCAUACAAUUUUUGAGAAUGUAUCUGGAAAGUAUAUCUGUGCACAAUUGUGUGAUGUUCCCAAUACAUGACACUUGAACUUGAAUGUAGUAUCAACUUUUAUCAUAAUUCUGCUGUAAACGAUGUGAUCUGUGGGAAAUAAUAAAGCAUAUGAAGAAAAAAAAAAUCCAUGCUUAAAAGUACAGUGUAUGAGGAUUUAGAAGUGUUAUUUUGAAUUCUUCGUACAUGACAACCACUGAACACAUUGACAUCAAUUUAUGAGUAUUAAAUA